GUAUUGGUAACUUUGCUUUCCAAAGCAUUUACCAUACAACUAGCUAGCGGUGGUGCCAAACUAUUGUUAUAAAGUACUUUGAAAAAUAAUAAAUUCCCAUAUUAAAUGCUAAUUGUUUUUAGAACUUAGUACAAUAUUAGAAUAUUGUACCCUAUGUUAUGUCACAUCACAUUUGAAUUUAGUUGACGAUCAAUUACAUAUUAGUUUUUGAUUUAUUAAUUGUUUCAUUAAUUUAUUUGACGAUCAAUUACAUAUUAUGACAAAUAAGUUUAUAUAUUCUUUUGUCGAGUAGGUUUGUAAUAUCAGAUUUGUAUGGAUAUAUAUUGAUGUUGUCAAUGUAAUUGGCACCUUUAGCUAAGCUCAAAUGAGACAUUAGAACAAUGGGAUAUUCUACUGUUGUUUCUGUUUCAUGGCUAGUAUUUACUCAUUCCCGUUCUGCGAUGGCUUUUCCUGCAACCCCCAUGCAGUUCCGACCACUUUCAUCAUAUCAUCGUAUAAAACAAAAUCUUUUUCAGACAAGGAAACAACGAUACAGCUUUAUACAUCCUUGUAGGAAUGUUCUUGCAAUGGCGGCCUCUUAUGAAGCAAACAACCUCAACAUGAACUCUCAGAACAAUAUUGUACGGCCUGUCGUCGCUAAUUUCCCUCCUAGUUUGUGGGGUGGCCUUUUUAGUUCAUUUAACAUGGAUAUCCAGUUAUUAGACAUGUACACUAAAGAGAUUGAGGUUCUCAAGGAAGAAGCUAGAAAUAUGUUAAUCUCUGGUGACAGCAAAUUGUCGGAGAAACUGGUUUUGAUUGACACAAUUGAACGCCUUGGUUUAUCGUACCAUUUCGAAAAUGAAAUCCAACAACAACUCUCAUUGGCAUUCAAUGGCGGCCAUCUCAAGUUGGAAAACGAAGAGAGUGAUGAUUUAUUUAUCGUCGCAUUGCAGUUCAGAUUGCUGAGGCAGCACGGCAUGGAUGCACCUUCUUCCAUAUUCAAAAGAUUUACAGAAAAUAAUGGUAAAUUUAAGAAGACCGUUGUGAGUAAUAUUGAUGAGGUGAAGGGUGUGUUAAGCCUAUAUGAAGCAACAUAUUUAAGAAGACAAGGAGAGGAGAUUAUGGACAAGGCUUUUUCUUUCUCUAAAGCUCAUCUUGAAUUUGUUGCUCCUAAUUUAACCGAAUCGCCUCUCAAGAAACAAGUUUUGCAUGCUCUUGAUCAAUCGUUCUUCCGAGGCAUUCCAAGAGUUGAAUCACGCAAUUUCAUCUCACUCUACGAACAAGAUGAAUCGAACAGUGAAUCGUUGUUGAGGCUGGCGAAAUUGGAUUUUAAUUUACUACAAAUGCAUCACAAAGAGGAACUCUGUCAAGUCAUGAGGUGGUGGAAGGAGAUGGACCUUAUUUCCCGGCUUUCUUAUGCUAGAGAUAGAGUUGUAGAGCUUUAUUUUUGGACUUUGGGGAUUUAUCCGCCCGAGCCCCGACAUUCUAAUGCUCGAAUCAUCCUUGCUAAAACCGCAGCUAUGAUAUCUGUGAUAGACGAUACAUACGAUACAUAUGGAACAAUUGAAGAACUACAAGUUUUCACCGAGGCCAUACAAAAAUGGGAUAUAAGCGAAAUGGACCGACUUCCAAACUACAUGAAGAUUUUGUACGGAGCUGUAUUAGAUCUUUAUGAAGCUUUCGAUGCAGAGUUAUCUCCUAAAGGAAGAUCAUUUGCUGUUCAUUAUGCCAGGGAGGCGAUGAAAGAACUUGUGAAGUGUUACUACGUUGAGGCGAAAUGGUUCACGGAAGGUUAUUUGCCAUCAUCAUUUGAUGAGUACAUGAGCAAUGCCAUGACUACAGCUGCAACUGACGCUGCAGUAGUAACAUCUUUCAUUAGCUCGGCUAUUGCAAAAAUCGAAGUAUUUGAUUGGUUACUAGCUAAACCUAAAAUUCUCCAAGUUGUUAACCUAAUAGUUCGUGUCAUUGAUGACAUUGCCACAUAUGAGUUGGAGAAUGGUAGAGGGCAAGUAACGAUUGGGAUUGAUUGCUAUAAAAAGGAGCAUGGUGUGUCAACACAAGUAGCAUUGAAACACUUUAAUGAAAUUGCUGAGAAUUCAUGGAAAGACUUGAAUGACGGGCUCAUGGAUAAUCGUGUUUCUAAGGAAAUUCUCGUUCAAGUUUUCAACUUUGCAAAAUUAAUGGAUGUCACUUACAAGCACAACCAAGAUGGAUACACAAAUCCGGAAAAAGUGCUCAAGCCGCAUAUCCUAGCAUUGCUUGUUCAUUCUUGUGAAAUCUAGACCGCUACAGCUCUGCACGCAUAUGCGCUUCACAAUAUAUAAGACGACUGGUCGAGCCAAUGGAGUGAAGUCAUAUACAUAUAUAUAUAAUUAACAUAUAUCACGUUAAUUUUGUCUAUUUUGUUUAGGAGAGUUCUAGUACUGCAAAUAAUUAAUAUAUAUGUAUGGUUUAUCCUUCGAAUAACUAUGUUGUACAAUGCAAGUAAAUAGAAUAUCAACUUAGUCGGAGCAAUAACUUGUUUCU